AUCAGCCACAUUGAGAUGCAUUACCAAACACCUCGAGAGUGGUUUCUGAUAAAACUAACAAGAUCCGCGGAUACUUUCUUUGUUCCACUCAAAACUUCUGUCCGAACAAUCAAGAUGUCCGACUCCGACUCCACCUACACCAGCGAUAGUCCCAGCCGAAAGAGGAAGAGAACCAGCCGCACACGCAAUCCGAGAAAGAAGCCCCAUACGGGUGCGCGUGAGCUCGCAGAAGGCACCUCUCACACUUCUAAAGCUGCGGAAUUGGCACGUAAACACCUUGCGAAGCUGAAAAGCAACAUUCUCAAUGAACUCGACUACGAAGAUACCUAUGUCUAUACUCCACUUAAGGAAGGCACAGGGGAAGACAUCCGGGUCUUAGUUAUUGAGCCAGGCAAGAAAGAUGAUCCAAUAAAAUGCAGACUGGUCUCCAGUGCUCUACCAAACACCCCCAUGACGCCGCAGACGACUGCCUCCUAUCCAUAUACUGCGCUUUCAUACUUCUGGGGCGAAGGCAAGCCAAUACACCCAAUCACUAUCUCCACCUACAAAACUCCGACAAAACGUUUGAAGAACAUAUCGAAGCAAGAAAAAGUGCACUGCCUGUUCGCAAAACACCAGCACUGGUGCAAUACGGGUAUUAUACACGUCAGAUCAAAUCUUUUCGUGGCACUGCAGAGGUUUAGGGAUGAGCAUGAGAAAAGAACCAUGUGGAUAGACGCUUUGUGUAUUGAUCAAAAGGAUGGACACGAACGAACGGCCCAAGUUAAAAAGAUGCAUGAACUCUAUAUUCAAGCAAACAAGGUCUCUAUCUGGCUCGGAGACGGGAGCUCGCCGGACCAGCCAGAACCCAAGCCUUGCUUUCGGUUCCUGCGCAAGCUGCUCGACCUCAACGGACUGGACCAAUUACUGAGAAACCUCGCAAAGAACAAAUCAAAUCUCAUCGAACACGCCAACGACAUCGUUAGCCUUAUGCGCAAUAAAUGGUUUAGUCGCCGCUGGGUGGUCCAAGAACUCGCACUUGCGCGGCCCGAUCAAGCUGAGGUGGUGUAUGGGGUACGCAACACUUCACCUUAAUUUUCACAUCCCACUAACUCGUUGCAGAACCAAGAUAUAAAAUGGAGUGAUUUUAGUGACGCAGUCUCAAUUUUCAUUAAGAGCCAAGAUCGCAUUUCUCCCUACUUGUCGAAGAAGCUUGAGGAAGAAGCUGUCUCCAUUCUGGAGCUUUCACCAGCUGAAGGUGUCGCGAACUUGGGUGCGAAUGCGCUUGUAGAUUUCACUAACAACUUGUUUCGGCGAAGCGAGAAUGGUGAAAUCCAACAACGCAUGAUGACUUUGGAAAUGCUAGUGUCGAAUUUACUAGCGUUUGAAUCGACUGAUCCCCGAGAUACAAUUUAUGCUGUCUUAUCGCUCGCCAAAGAUACACAUCGUUUCGGACCUGAGAUGCACGUGAGAGACUUGGAUCCAAGGCUCUUACCAGAUUACAAAAACAAAUGCUUACUAGAUGUCUACACGGACUUCAUCGCUUAUUGCAUCGAAAAAUCAUCGUCGCUGGACAUUCUUCUCAGGCAUUGGGCACCAGAUGGAAAGAGGGAGAAGAAGAAAAGAUAUUUUACUCCCGAGAACAAAACGGAGGAGGAAGAAGAAGACCUCCCAACAUGGAUACCGCUUAUUCAUAAAUCAUCCUAUGGUACACCAUCGCGCCGGCCUGGUGGAAGAAGAAAUGGAGACAGUUUUGUCGGCACUGCUUUUCGUUCUAGUCAAAAGAAUUACAAUGCAGCUUGCGAUCUCAAACCAUGGAUAAAGUUUGGAGAAUUGACAGAAGAGGCGAGCAGAAAGAAGAAGUACAACGGCCGCCUCGCCGUGAAAGGCAUUCGGAUAGGAAAUAUUGCAAAGUUAGCACCACGGGCACCGCAGGGCAUGAUAUUCCCUGAUACAUUCGAAAUGGCAAAAUUUGAUCGCGACUGGUGGGAUGACAACAAAGAAUGGGCUCCUGGGAUGGCGCGUGUACCGGAAGGCUUCUGGAGAACGAUCGUAGCCGAUCGCUCAUCGUCAAGUGGCGGGAAUACGGAAAGCUGGUACCCAAGGGCUUGUUAUGAGUCUUUGAAGAACCUCUACCCGGAUGGCUCACUUAGACCCGAUAUUGUUUUGGGUCUGCGAAAGGCGCCAAAAUUCGUCAAGGUCUUUCUGAGUCGUGUUAAGGAUGUCAUGUGGGAUCGACGAUUUGCGCUUAUAAGUCUUCAUGGGAAAGAAACAUAUGCUUUGUUGCCAGCGGACACCAAGAAAAGAGACAUCAUAUGUGUUUUAUUUGGAAGUUCUGUACCAGUUGUGAUGAGACCGCAUGACGACUACUGGGAAAUGGUUGGCGAAUGUUUUUGUUAUGGCCAGAUGGAAGGAGAAGCAGUUUCGGGGAAGGAGUGGGUACACCCUUACGAGGAUGCUGAAUGCUUUGAGAUUCGGUAACACUUUGGGUAUUCGAGGUCCUCUUUUUUCGUUUAUUUGGAGUUGGGCUCGAGGGCAUUUUCGAGGCGAAGUAGGGAGCCAUUUCUUGAAGUUUGGUCAUCACCUGCUACAACUGUCACGGUCAACAGCUAUGAAUCACGAUGAAAAAUUUCUCCAUGUGGCUCCAAUAGAA